AAUGCAUAAGAAGAAGAAAAAGAAGAAGCAGGAAGUUGAGUCCUUGCACGACAUAGAUAGCACCGUUAAAUUUGGAGUGAGGGAAGCUGAUGGAAAGCAUGUUAGUUCUAGGAACCCUAGAAUUGAGAAAUGUAUUUCUAUGUUAGAUAAUCUUGUGGGCUCACUAGAUCUUCCUAAGGUUAAUAAUUCUGCCAAAGGAAAGGUUUUGAUGCAAGCAAUGUAUGGAGUUAAGGUGGAGACUGUAUUUAUUUGCAGGGUGUUUACUACAGCAUUCUCUGGCUCGUCAAAGAAGUUAUCAGACUUGAAUGUGGCGGACAUACAUUCAUGGGCUCUAGAUUUUAGAAGGUUGCAGAAUCUUGUAAAUGAGGAAAUUAGAGUAAGAUUUUCUGGUGGUAAAUUUACUGUAUUGAAUGAGUUGGAAGCGGUUGAUGCCUCUGUGAAGAUAUUAUAUCCUACUAUCCAGGCUGGUGUAGAUACCGUUGAGAUAGAAUGGCUUCUGAAGACUAUUGAGGAAUUACGUGCGGGUGCCGAGAAGCUUUCACAAGGAAAUGAUCUUCUUGCAAAGGGAGUAGAUGGGUUUUUUGAAGCCGUUAUGACUAGUCGCGAUACUUUGCUCAGCUCUGUGAGGUUUGAUAAAACUGUAAAUGAUCGUUCCCCAGGCCGUAGCAGAGACAUGCAGCUAGUUCACUAAUUAUGCAGUAGCCUAACUCUGGUAGGUUUUGGGGGGGGGGGUGUUCCUUUGUAGGAUUAGUAGUAUUUUCGGUCUGUUAGUAUUUUCU